AGAGGCAUCAGUAAGCAACUGUUAGCAAAAGUUGAGCAAAAUGCGUUUCUUCAUUGUAACUCUUUCCGUUUUGGUGUUCGCUGCGGCCUUUGCCAAUGCCUCUCCAGUCGAAAUCACUGAUCUUAUAACCGAUCCUAUCGGAACUGUCGUUGACACUGUGACCGAUGCUGUUGAUACAUUGGCUGCUGCCCUCGAAACUGCUAUCAGUCUUGUAUCGGUUGCACUUGCUGCUGUCAUCGGUGUCCUCGCCCUAGCUGCUGGAAUCAUCUUGGUGACUAUCGUGAGCACCGUCGGAGAAAUCCUGAUAUUCGUCCUCAACGCCCUUGGACAGAUCACCGAUGUAUUGAGCAACACUGUCGACCAGAUCUCAACUGAGCUACAGGAAGCCGUCCAGGUUGUACUUGGUGCCCUUGCUGCUGCCGGAGUAGCACUGUCAGCUGCCCUCGAAGCCAUCCUCACCGGUCUCGUUGAUACUUUGGCCGGUGCCGUGACUGGAAUCCUGCCUUCCCUGCCCUAAGCAAUUUAAUGAGAAGUACUAUGUCUUUGAAGAAGAUCUGGGGCCAGUAUUCAAAAUGUGAUAUGCGCAUAUUACAGAACUUGCUUUUUUGAAGUAAUAAAUAUAUUUUUGCAAUGAGAA